CGUGCGGACCUGCAAGCGGACCCGAGCGGCGGCGGCGGCGGCGCAGCGGAGCGGCCGAGCGGGCCGUAGGCGGCCGAGGCGCCGGGCGCAGGCACCCGUGCCUCCCCCUGCCAGGAACCUUGGGGCCCUGUGUGUGACGAGGACCUGGUGGCCCCCGGGGCACUGGCAGGGCCCCUUUCCCAAGCUGCUUCCCGCCAGCACCUCUGAUGGAGUGCCUAGAGGGAUGUGUGCGCCAGCCCUCAGUCCAGUGCCCGCUCCUGAGCUGACACCUGCUGGGCCCCGACAGCUUGCCGUGUUUCCUGUGCCCGUAGCUCUCUGGUUGGAUAGCUGCCGCCUGGGAAAGGCGACCCGGGCGCCCUGCUAGGGCGACGGCCCCUGCCUUUGGCCCGGGAUCAUGAAAGGCCUCGGUGACAGCCGCCCCCGCCACCUCUCCGACAGCCUAGACCCACCCCAUGAGCCCCUGUUUUCAGGGACCGACCGCAACCCCUACCUGCUGUCGCCCACAGAGGCCUUCGCCCGUGAGGCCCGCUUCCCCGGGCAGAACACCCUGCCGGGGGAUGGCCUCUUUCCCCUCAACAACCAGCUGCCCCCACCCAGCAGCACCUUUCCCCGCAUCCACUACAACUCCCACUUCGAGGUGCCAGAGGAGAGCCCCUUCCCCAGCCAUGCCCAGGCCACCAAGAUCAACCGGUUGCCAGCCAAUCUCCUGGACCAGUUUGAGAAGCAGCUGCCCAUCCACCGUGAUGGCUUCAGCACCCUCCAGUUCCCCCGUGGCGAGGCCAAGGCCCGUGGUGAGAGCCCUGGCCGCAUCCGCCACCUGGUCCACUCAGUGCAGCGGCUUUUCUUCACCAAGGCACCCUCAAUGGAGGGCACAGCGGGCAAGGUCGGUGGCAAUGGCAGCAAGAAGGGUGGCAUGGAGGACGGCAAGGGCCGGAGGGCCAAAAGCAAGGAGCGGGCCAAGGCUGGGGAGCCCAAACGGCGCAGUCGCUCCAACAUCUCAGGCUGGUGGAGCUCCGAUGACAACUUGGACGGCGAGGCCGGCGCCUUCCGCAGCAGCGGCCCAGCCUCCGGGCUGAUGACACUAGGCCGCCAGCCAGAACGCAGCCAGCCACGCUACUUCAUGCAUGCCUACAACACCAUCAGCGGGCACAUGCUCAAAGCCACCAAGAACAACACCACCGAGCUGACCGCCCCACCACCUCCACCUGCACCCCCAGCCACCUGCCCCAGCCUUGGAGUGGGCACUGACACCAACUAUGUCAAACGGGGCUCCUGGUCCACUCUGACCCUCAGCCAUGCCCACGAGGUCUGCCAGAAGACCUCGGCCACCUUGGAUAAGAGCCUGCUCAAGUCCAAAUCCUGCCACCAGGGUCUAGCCUACCAUUACCUGCAGGUGCCCGGCGGCGGCGGCGAGUGGAGCACUGCGCUGCUGUCCCCACGCGAGACGGAUGCCGCGGCCGAGGGCCCCAUCCCGUGCCGGCGCAUGCGCAGCGGCAGCUACAUCAAGGCCAUGGGCGACGAGGACAGCGAUGAGUCCGGCGGCAGUCCCAAGCCCUCACCCAAGACCGCAGCGCGGCGCCAGAGCUAUCUGAGGGCCACGCAGCAGUCGCUGGGAGAGCAGAGCAACCCCCGCAGGAGUCUGGACCGCCUGGAUUCAGUGGACAUGCUGCUGCCCUCCAAGUGUCCAAGCUGGGAAGAGGACUACACCCCCGUCAGCGACAGCCUCAAUGACUCCAGCUGCAUCAGCCAGAUUUUUGGACAGGCCUCCCUGAUCCCCCAGUUGUUUGGCCAUGAUCAGCAGGUACGGGAGGCAGAGCUGAGUGACCAGUAUGAGGCAGCCUGCGAGUCAGCCUGCAGUGAGGCGGAGUCCACAGCGGCGGAGACCCUUGACUUGCCACUGCCCAGCUACUUCCGCUCCCGUAGCCACAGCUACCUGCGUGCCAUCCAGGCAGGCUGCUCGCAGGAGGAAGACAGUGUCUCCCUGCAGUCCCUCUCCCCACCACCCAGUACUGGCAGCCUCAGCAAUAGUCGCACGCUUCCAAGUUCAUCAUGCCUAGUGGCCUAUAAGAAGACCCCGCCACCGGUCCCUCCACGCACCACCUCAAAGCCGUUCAUCUCAGUCACAGUCCAGAGCAGUACUGAAUCUGCCCAGGACACCUACCUGGACAGCCAGGAUCACAAGAGCGAGGUGACUAGCCAGUCGGGCCUGAGCAACUCAUCGGACAGCCUGGACAGCAGUACCCGACCGCCCAGCGUGACACGGGGCGGAGUUGCCCCAGCCCCUGAGGCCCCAGAGCCACCCCCAAAACAUGCAGCUCUGAAAAGUGAACAAGGGACGCUGACCAGCUCUGAGUCCCACCCCGAGGCCGCCCCCAAAAGGAAACUGUCAUCAAUAGGAAUACAAGUUGACUGCAUUCAGCCAGUGCCAAAAGAGGAGCCCAGUCCCGCUACCAAAUUCCAGUCCAUCGGGGUUCAGGUAGAGGACGACUGGCGAAGCAGCAUUCCCUCUCACAGUAUGUCCUCCCGACGGGACACGGACUCGGAUACCCAGGAUGCCAAUGACUCAAGCUGUAAGUCAUCUGAGAGGAGCCUCCCGGACUGUACCCCUCACCCCAACUCCAUCAGCAUCGAUGCUGGCCCACGGCAGGCCCCCAAGAUUGCCCAGAUCAAGCGCAACCUCUCCUAUGGAGACAACAGCGACCCUGCCCUAGAGGCAUCCUCGCUGCCCCCACCUGACCCCUGGCUCGAGACCUCCUCCAGCUCCCCAGCAGAGCCAGCACAGCCAGGGGCCUGCCGCCGAGAUGGCUACUGGUUCCUAAAGCUACUGCAGGCAGAAACAGAGCGGCUGGAAGGCUGGUGCUGCCAGAUGGACAAGGAGACCAAAGAGAACAACCUCUCUGAAGAAGUCUUAGGAAAAGUCCUCAGUGCUGUGGGAAGUGCCCAGCUACUGAUGUCCCAGAAAUUCCAGCAGUUCCGGGGCCUCUGUGAGCAAAACUUGAACCCUGACGCCAACCCACGCCCCACAGCCCAGGACCUGGCAGGGUUCUGGGACCUGCUACAGCUGUCCAUCGAGGACAUCAGCAUGAAGUUUGAUGAACUCUACCACCUCAAGGCCAACAGCUGGCAGCUGGUGGAGACCCCCGAGAAGAGGAAGGUGAGCAUGGAGCAGUACGGAGGGGAAGUCCAGGGACAAAUUCCUGGUCGGCAAUAACGCUGCCCACAUCGGAAGAGAAGAAACCACCCCCUCCAGUCCCAAAGAAGCCAGCCAAAUCCAAGCCGGCAGUGAGCCGUGACAAGGCCUCAGACGCCAGCGACAAGCAGCGCCAGGAGGCCCGCAAGAGACUCCUGGCGGCCAAGCGGGCAGCUUCUGUUCGGCAGAACUCAGCCACUGAGAGUGCAGACAGCAUCGAGAUUUAUGUCCCGGAGGCCCAGACCAGGCUCUGAGACCAUGCAGGAGGAAGGAAACGAUUUUAAAUCAUUAAAAACACACACAAAAAAACUAAGUGCGAAUGGAACAGUUUUCUCAGCCUUUGCUAUGGUUAUUCUGUCUAGAGACCCUGAGCCAACUUUCAAAUUGACGCAUAUAAGGGCUCACGAUUUGGCUUUUUUGGGUCCCUCCCAGCUUUAGGUUAUGAAGAUUUUACUCACAAAAAAAAAUCAACAAAAGUCACGAAACUAGAAAACUUUUUUCCUCUUGCUGGCCGUGGUGGACUAGAUAGAUGGACGUCGGCACCUCCCGGCCCAGCCUCCGGACUGUGGUCUUUUUAUUCGUUCUAUCUGAUGAGAACUCACACUAGCUUGUUUACAAGAUGACGAGAGUCCAGGGGCAGCCUUGGACACCUGCCAUGUCCCUCCUUCUUUCCCUGGCUACCCCAGCUCUGACCUUGGAUUUUUCAUUCUUACGUUUUCUCUUUUCCCUUCAGAGCUCACACAGCAGUCGCCAUUGUGGCAAGCGGCUUUCUGGGUCUCACCCCUCCCUGUGGUUGAGGGCCCAGAGGAUAGAGAGAUGGACAUGCAUCCCCUCCCUCCCCCACCAAGUGCUCACACACAACUUCACGCACGCGCGCACAUACACACACACACACACACACGCAGAUGGAGGCAUCUCACGGGGAGGUACCCCGCCAGCCCGAAGCAGUGUCAGGCAGGACUCGCUGCUGAGCAGAUGAGGGAGGUUUUAGUCUUGGAGGGGAAAUGAGACGAAGCCACAGUUAUCACACCCCAGACUCCUGCCUUUUUAUUCUCUCCAGCCCCUUCUUCCUUCAGCAAAAUCUAGGACUCUGAGUGGCUUCCAGGGGGCUGUCUGUCCUCAGCCGCGCCUGUGUCCAGUGCCCGAGGGGCGGGCGGCGGUGUCUGUAUGUAUGUGUACAUAUGCACAUAGACCUUAGAGUGUAUAUUUAACAAACGCCCAUCUGCUCACCCAUGCCCACCAGCGCCGCCGCCGCUGGCUCUCGGGGCACCUGGCAGGAGGCGGGUGUGUGAAUAGCAUAUAUUUUUACAUGUACUAUAUCUAGGUGUGUGUACAAGUGUAUGUAAAAAUAUAUACCUUGUGUGUAAGCAGCCCUCUUUUUUUGGGGGGGGGUCUCCAUCCUCCCUCCCCUAAGGAGGGGGAUGCCCAGCCUCUAGUUUUCUGUUCUGUUGUUUUUUUUUUUUAAACCCCAAUUAUCCUUCUCUCUCUCCUGCCCUCCAUCCCCACUCCAAGGGUGUCAGGAGCCCUGAGCUGCAGUGGCCCAGGCCUGCAGGGCGGGGUGGGGGAGGGCAGGGGCCCAGCCCCACAGCCAGCUCAGUACCCAAGGGGCUGCUCGACGCUGUGUAUGCGCCUCUCUGGCAUCAGAGACAUCCUCUUGGCUGGCGCUUGCUGCAGCGGGGACUCCCCAGGUGAACCAAGGGCCUGCUCCGGGGCCCCAUUCCAGCUUGGCCGCCGUCUGUGACCUUGGGCAAGUCACUUGACCUCUGUGUGCCUCAACUUCCUCCUCUGUAAAACGGGGACAGUCCCUCCUCCCUACCUCACAGGCAUGUUGUGAGAAUAAAUGAGGUAACGUGUA